AUGGGCAUUGAUGAAGGCUCGCCUAUCCCUUCUUCUGUCAAUUCUCAAACCUCUCAAAAUUCUAUCCUUUCCAUGUCAGCCACAAUUCCACCCUCCUUCAAUAUCUCCCACAUAUUCAAUACACCUAUGGAUCGUAACAAUUUCCUCUCUUGGAGAUGGCAAUUUCUUGAUGUCCUGGAAAUCCACGACUUUGAGGAUGUCGUGAAGAAUGAAAAUCGUCCUGCUAAAAGGCUUGAGGAUGGCUCAGUCAACCCCACCUAUGCCAAGGACAAAUUAGUUCUCAGCUGGAUAAAAGCAACCGCACCUCCCUCGAUCAAAACCCUCCUAAUCUCUUGCACUUCAGCAUACUAA